UUUCCAACUGCCGUGUCACUUCGAUAUCAUGGCGUAGAGAUGUGGAGGGACGUAGGGCUGUUCUUGUGGGCACGGAGAAGUUCACAAACUAGCUCCUGUGGAUGUCAAAGUUCGCGAAAAGGGUUAACAAACCAAGGGGAAUCGUAUCUUCUUCGAGGGGAAUUGUGAUUCGUCAGUGACUCAAGAUGAUGUCUGAUGCCAGCGACAUGUUGGCUGCUGCCUUGGAGCAGAUGGAUGGCAUAAUAGCAGGCUCGAAGACCUUGGACUAUUCUAAUGGUUUAUUUGACUGUCAGUCGCCCACGUCCCCUUUUAUGGGUAGCUUGCGGGCUCUUCACCUUCUGGAAGACCUAAGGAGUGUCCUGGAAAUGAUGGACACCGAGGAAAGAGAAAGUUUACGCUGCCAAAUCCCAGAAUCCACAGCUGACAGUAUGGUUGAGUGGCUUCAUGGUCACCUGUCAAAUGGACACAUCUCUCUGGGUGGGGGUGACCACUACCAGGAAAGGCUGUCACGACUAGAGAGCGAUAAAGAGUCUCUGGUGCUUCAGGUGAGUGUGCUGACGGACCAGGUGGAGGCUCAGGGAGAGAAGAUCCGAGAUUUAGACUUGUGUUUGGAAGAGCAUAGAGAGAAACUCAACGCAACUGAGGAGAUGUUGCAGCAGGAGCUUUUGUGCAGAACCUCACUGGAGACUCAGAAGCUUGAACUGAUGUCUGAAGUGUCCAACCUCAAGCUGAAACUCAACGCUAUGGAGAAGGAGAGGAUGAACUUCGAUGAGAGGUUCAGGGACAGUGACGAUUUGAUUCUUGAAAUUAAUGAACUGCGGUACAGACUGACUGACCUGGAGAGUGAAAAAUUACAAUACGAAAAGAAACUCAAAUCCACAAAGGAGGAGCUAACUUUACUGAGAAGGCAGCUGGAGGGCAAAGAUGGUGAGAUGAGAAGACUACAGAGUGAGACGGGCUUCAAAUCCAUCGCCAUGAGCAAUGCGGAUUCCCUAGAGAGAGUCUCUCAUCCCGAUGAAACGUUAAGAAAAAGGCUGAAAGAAAAACAUGUGGAAGUGCAAAGAAUGAAAAAAGCAGUUGAGUCGUUGAUGGCGGCGAAUGAAGAAAAGGAUCGAAAGAUUGAGGAGCUGAAGCAGUCACUUCUUCGGUACAAGAAAGUUCAGGACAUGGUGAUGUCUGUACAAGGAAAGAAAGAGAAAACAAAAGAUAAUGAGUGUGGUGAGAGUCCCACUGAUGGAUCCAGUUCAGUCUUCUCCUCCAUCUUUGGAUCUGUGGAGUCUGAAAAACAGGAAGUUUCAGAUUUUGAAGAGCUAAAACCAAAGAGGCUGGAUGAGUUGGAAAGUCUCAGUGGACUGAGUGAAGAGCCUUCUCCUGCUCCCAGCCCUCCUGAUCCAGAGCAAAUUUCUGAGCAUGCGUCAACAAAUGUGGAAAAAAGCCAAGUUGUGACUAAAACUGAGGCCCAGGUGGAUCUGGAGGAAAGCAAGGUUGAGAAGUGUUCAGAUAAAGACAAGGCGAGUGAAAAGCCACCUCUGAAUCCAUCUGCCACCUUGCCUGCCUCCUCAGAAGAGGACAGCUUUGGCUCCAGGAAAGCUCGCUCAUCCUUUGGAAAAGGUUUCUUUAAGAUCCGCGGAGGCAAGAAGACAUCCAACAGCCCCAACCUCGACCGCAGCAGGAGUGCAAGUGCGCCUAUGCUAGCUCAAACAGAACUGCAAGGCACCGACCAUUUGAAUCUGGCCGGGAUGCCACAGAGGUCACCAAACAGUGACAGCACACACACACUUCCUACAACUCUGGAAAACAGGAAGAAGUCCAAAGGAAUAAAGAAAUUCUUUGGAAAGCUCAAAAGGAGCCAGUCCACCACAUUUAACCUGGAUGACAACUUGCCAGAGGGAGAGUUCAAGCGGGGUGGAGUCCGAGCCACAGCAGGACCCAGACUGGGCUGGUCUCGUGAUCUCCAGCGAGUCAACAAUGAAGUAGACGCUCCAUUUGCUCGAUGGUCAAAGGAUCAGGUUUGUGAUUGGCUGCAGGAGCAGGGUCUCGGCCUUUACGUGAACAUGGCUCGUGUGUGGAUCUCAUCUGGGCAGACCCUUCUGCAGGCUUCACAACAAGACCUGGAGAAGGAGCUGGGCAUUAAACACCCGCUGCACAGAAAGAAGCUGCAGCUGGCUCUGCAGGCCCUCGGCUCAGAAGAGGAGGAUAAUAAGGGAAAGCUGGACUACAACUGGGUGACAAGGUGGCUGGAUGACAUAGGCCUCCCUCAGUAUAAGACCCAGUUUGAUGAGGGCAGAGUGGAUGGUCGCGUGCUGCACUACAUGACUGUGGAUGACCUGCUUUCUCUGAAGGUGGGGAGUGUCCUACAUCACCUCAGUAUCAAGAGAGCGAUUCAAGUUCUUCGACUCAACAGCUACGACCCAAACUGUUUGCGUCGCAGGCCAUCGGACGAGAACAACAUUUCACCUGCGGAGAUUUCCCAGUGGACCAACCACAGGGUGAUGGAGUGGCUUCGGUCUGUAGACCUUGCUGAAUACGCUCCCAACCUGAGAGGCAGCGGUGUCCACGGAGGCCUCAUGGUUCUGGAGCCACGAUUCAACGUGGAAACCAUGGCUCAGCUGCUGAACAUUCCGCCCAACAAGACUCUGCUGCGUCGACACCUCGCUACGCAUUUUAGUUUGCUGAUCGGUUCAGAAGCUCAGCAGCUCAAACAAGAGUGUCUGGAAAACCCGGACUACAUUCUGCUCACAGCCACCACAAAAGUCAAGCCCAGAAAACUGCCAUUUGGUAACUUUGGCAGUCUGAGGAAGAAAAAGCAGGAUGAAAAUGAGGAGUACGUUUGUCCGAUGGAUGUGGAAAUGCCAAAGGGGCGGAGCUUCCAAAAAGGCUUUGAGCUUCAGAUCUACGAGGACGACCUGGACAGGCUGGAGCAGAUGGAGGACUCUGAGGGGACAGUGAGACAGAUCGGUGCGUUCUCCGAAGGAAUUCAAAACCUCACAAGCAUGCUAAAAGAUGACGAAUUCUUCAAAGAAGUGUCAAAUUCACCGUACCCCAGCGUAACGGACGACGAGUCCAACGCGUGAGGCGGCCGUGGACCUGGCUCUGCUGUGAAUCAAACUCUGUGCCAACCUGCUCUGUUUGCAGCUCCGUGCCAGCAUCGCUAUUUUAGUGUAACCAUUCAAACAAAGAGCCAAAAGUAUUACAGCUUGUGUCUUCUCUGUUUCAAACCAUGUGAACGCCUUCAGUCUGACCUUAGAGGGAACAUUUAGGACAACACCACUGUUUGCCUGCCAGCUGGUUUCUGGAGAUAUUUUCUACUCUUGUUUUAUAAACCUUUCUGAUUCUGAUGGAGCUAAAGUGUCAACCAGCAGGGAAAUGCCAAUAUAGAGUUAAUAUAUGUCUUUUAAACUGCCUUCUGACUGUAGAGACAUUGUUAGAAAGGCCUGCUCUUUGGAGAAGAUUUCAUAAAAGUAAGUUCCUGUUUUUAAACGUUAGAAUAACUCCGAUAGCUGCUAUGUUUUUUUUUCUACACGACUAAACAAUAAUGGUCUUAUAAUUUUAUUAUUUUACAAAAACUUUCACAUGUACUCAAACAUUUUCAUAUAUACAUGGUUCAAACUACGAAACUUAGAAAAUAUCCUUGCAUGAUCUGAAAAUUCCUCAUAUUUUACUAAAGUUUCUUUUUAUCCUGGAAGGAUUUUGGAAACCUGUUGGCUUGUUGCAUUUCUAAGAAAAAUGUCAGGCUGAGAUAUAAUAAUGUGAUGUUUUAUGAAAGGAAGUAAAAAUUGUGUAAUUCAGGUCUCAGCCUUAUCUCUGCAUGUAGGUUUUUUUUUAACUGUUAAAAUCAAUAAAGUAAUUUAAGAGAU